AUGGCUACUGAUGCUCAAUUGAAAGACUUCCCCUCCCUCUUCUCCUUGAAGGGGAAGGUUGCCGUCGUCACUGGAGGUUCCCGUGGACUUGGUCUGCAUGCCGCAUCCGCUUUCCUACAAGCCGGCGCUUCCAAGGUCUUCAUCUCCUCGCGCAAGGCAGCGGCCUGCGAGGAGGCCUGCAAGGCGCUCAACGCCCUCCCCCACCGCGCCCCGGGCGCCAUCGCCAUCCCCGCGCCCGCCGACUCCGCCACGCUCGCGGGCGUGGAGUCCCUCCUGGCGCAGGUGAAGGAGCACACGGACCGGGUCGACAUCCUCUUCGCCAACGCGGGCGCCACGUGGGGCGAAGCCUUCGACACGCACCCGGACUCCGCCUUCGCCAAGGUCAUGGACCUCAACGUCAAGGCCGUCUUCAACACCAUCCGCCUCUUCACGCCGCUGCUGGAGGCCUCGGCCGCCAGGGGGGGCGGCGGCGCCGGCGACCCGGCGCGCGUCAUCAUCACCGCGUCGGUGGCGGGCCUGGGCAUCGGGACGCUCGGCCCGCAGGGCACGUAUGGGUACAGCGCCAGCAAGGCGGCCGUCAUCCACCUUGGGCGGAACCUGGCGCUCGAGCUCGCGGGCCGCGGCAUCACGGUCAACUCGAUCGCCCCCGGCUUCUUCCCCAGCAGGAUGUCGAACGGCCUGCUGGGCAUGGCGGGCGGCGCCGACAGGGUGGCGAAGGGGAACCCUAUGGGCCGCCUCGGCCGGCCGGAAGACAUCGCUGGCGUCGUGGUGUACCUGGCUAGCCGCGCCGGGUCCCACGUCAAUGGGGAGGUGAUCGCCAUUGACGGGGGUGCUCUGUGGCAGCGCGGGGAGUUGAAUGUCUCUGCCAAGCUAUAG